AUGGACACCGCGGAGGUGAUACUAUCGCUCUUCCUGGGAAUUCUGAUGGUCGUGUCGUUGCUGUCCAAUGUCCUGGUGCUGAUCUGCUUUCUGUCCAGUGCUGAAAUCCGGAAACAGGUCCCUGGGAUGUUCAUCAUUAAUUUGACUCUCAGUAACUUGUUGACGACUGUGCUGAACAUGCCGUUGACUUUAGUGGGGAUCAUCAAUAAGGAGCAGCCGGGAGCUGACUCCGUCUGCCGACUGGUAGGCUUUUUGGAGACUUUUCUGGUAACCAACUCCAUGCUAAGCAUGGCUGCUCUCAGUACUGAUCGAUGGAUUGCGGUGGUUUUCCCUUUAAGUUACAAUUCCAAGAUGCGUUACAAGGACGCUGCCAUCAUGCUGGGUUACACGUGGUUUCACUCUCUGUCCUUUCCUAUUGUGGCAAUCUGUCUAUCCUGGGUCGGAUACAGCCACCUAUACGCCUCCUGCACUCUCUGCCAGACCCGAACUGACGAUCAGACCCAAUUUGUGGUUUUUACGGUAGUUUUUCACGCCCUCAGUUUUCUCCUUUCGUUAAUAGUGCUAUGUUUCACCUAUCUGAAAGUGCUGAAAGUGGCGCGAUUUCACUGCAAGCGGAUAGAUGUAAUCACCAUGCAAACGCUAGUGUUACUGGUGGACAUUCAUCCAAGUGUAAGACAACGCUGCCUGGAAGAACAGAAACGGCGAAGACAGAGAGCAACUAAGAAGAUCAGUACUUUCAUCGGUACCUUUAUACUCUGCUUUGCACCUUAUGUCAUUACGAGGCUGGUGGAAUUGGCUGUGUCAACACCAAUCAAUCCAUACUGGGGAAUUCUUUCCAAAUGUUUGGCUUAUGGCAAGGCUGUUUCAGACCCCUUUGUAUACUCUCUGCUGCGUCAUCAAUACAAGAAGACAUGGAUGGACAUUAUUAAUAGACUGCUUAAACGGAGCUCUUUAAACUCCUCGGCACUAACAGGUGAAACACCAAACAGCAAUUUUGUACAAACAACUGAAUGA